AUGGCCGACUUAUUCAAUACAUCAGGAACUGACAUUGACCUAGACCGCGCCGCGUCAGCGUUCCCUGACAUCUCUUUCGACGGCGAAGGAGAUAUUCCAAAUGUUAAUGUUUCUUCUCCUCCAGUAGCUACUCAGACCAGCUCCGGAUUCUCAUUUGAUGACUUUGACGAUAUUCCACAAGAGCCCGUUACUGUGACGGGAAAUGAUGAAAUUGAGAAGUUUGAGAGUGAAUUUCCUGACAUUCAAGUUCCUCAAUCUCCCCCCGUUCCUCAACAACCCCAGCAGACGUCUUUUGGCCAGGCGUUUGCACCACGUCCCCAACAAUCAUUUGCAUCGACACCUAUCCUGACGCAACAGUUAGAGGAAGACGAGCCUGAAGUUAUCAAGAAAUGGCGCCAAAAACAAGCUGAGGAGAUCGCUGCUCGAGACGAAGCGUCUAAAGAACGUCGUCAAGCGACUAUUUCCAAAGCCGAACAAUCAAUUGAUGAGUUUUAUGACGCUUACUCAAGCAAGAAGGAAAAAAACAUUCAGGAGAAUAAAGACUCCGAGGCAGCUUUCCUUCAAGGUCUCACCGAUUCCUUGUCCUCUGGCACGACUUGGGAUCGUAUCUGCAAGCUCAUUGAGCUGGAAAAUUCCCAGAGCAAAACGGUUGCCAGAACCGGUACUGGUACAACCGACCUCAUAAGAUUUAAGGAAGUCCUGCUGAGGUUGAAGAGAGAGGGAGACCGCGCACCGGGUGCUGGAGGAUAUUAA